UGUGUCCUUGCGUGAGAUCUGCGAUCAGCUCACCACUGGGCCCCCCACCUCGCGCCGACAUGUCCCAAGCACGUUAUCUCCCAAAGUUUUUCGGGUGGCGGCUCGAAGCAGGAAUUUUGGGUCAAAACGAGUACCUUUGCGGUCAUUGAAGAUUAUCCCACUUCUCCCAACUGACAAAUGGAUCGCUAUAUGGUCGAGUAUAAAGAGAGGUAGAUGGUGUGGUUCUAGUCGUCGUGCUCGUCAGCUUUAGUCUUGUCUUCUGUGCUCUACAAAGCACCACCUAUACAGCCUAACUUCACCGGGAUAUUAUACCUCCCAUUCGACCCGAUCUCAUUACCGCCUCAUUGCGAUAUCUGCCACGGCUAGCUCGUUAUUGAGGACCCCUCUCAUUGCGUGAUCGGCGCCGGUCGUCUACUGCAGCGGCGAAUCAACGCCUUUCGGUCGGUCUAUAUCUCAGACUUCUCAAAGACUUGUCGACAGACAUUUGCAUCAUGCCUCAUCGACUUUCCACCCCUUCUAGCACCACUUCCUCCGCUGCCCUCUCCCUGCAUCACUGUUCAGCCUGCUCCGAAGUCUCAGAUUCCAUCCUCAGUCCGUACGAUGCGUUUAAUGGACCGUCUGACUCCUCCUCCGACACUGGCACUAGCGAGAAGCGAUUCUACGCUCUCCAGACACUUCUUUCCAUUGGAGAGGCUGAUCCUGUCCAAGUGGCAGCUGCUUUGUCGUCUCUGGAUCCCGAUGAAUCGCUUAUAUCCCUCGCCACGCACAUUGUCAAAAUACAUUUCCCUCGAUCAGGGUAUCUGGGUAACGCGUCCACCUCGUUGAUACGGGAGAUUUCCCAAGCCUGGGACGCUGGCUACGAUGAGAUCCGAGUAGCUCAGAGAUUGAGGGAUGGUAAAGUUGCGCCACCUUCAACUGGUGGAUGUUGGCCCGCAAGAGUCGCUGCGUCUGACGAAGGAAACGCGACGGUAUUCAUUGGUGGAUUGACGGGCGACGUAACAGAGUACUACCUUGCAGCGGUGUUCGCAGUGUUCGGCCCAUAUACUGGUGUCAAAGUCUUGCCGCCAAAGAGUGGAACGUCAUACUGUGGUUUCGUCCACUAUGUACAUCGAUCGGACGCGGAAGUCGUGGUCAAGGUGAUGCAGGGCUUCGAGAUGAUGGGUCACCGAUUGAGGAUCUCGUGGGGAAGGUCAACAGGGCAUCGUGAAGAGACUAGUGAAGUCUACCGAGGGAGCUCGAUGCGACUGGAGAGUGGAGGAGGAGACACCAACGCAAAUCGAGUCUCAACAUUCGGCCAAGGAUACUCGGAAAGCUCAGCGCCUGCCACGGUCGAUCCGAAUUUGAUCGUCCAGGUUGCCAAGCAGAUCGACAGCAAGGUAGCCAUGGAGUACCUCAGACUCGUCGAUGAGAAAUUCAAAGGCGAUGGAGCGGCCUUCAUAGACAUGUAAGACAGCUUGGCUUCUUCCUUAGAUUGAGGACUGAUGCUCCUCCUCCCUCCCUCAGCCUCAGAACAGUCGUCGCCAUCAAGGGUGUCACUCAUUCAUUAUCACCUCCGCCUAUACCGUCUCAGCAUCUCUCAGCUCCUUCAACAUCAUCUUCGUUCUCCCAUACUCCAUUUGAUGUCCCUAAUAUAUGGCACACAAGUCAAUCUUCCCUUUCUGCAAGCUCUUCCACCUGGCACA